GUAAGGAGUUGUAGUUGCAGGGCGCAGAAAAAUAUCGUAACCAAAUUUCGAAUGAGGUAGUGCCAGCUGUAACUAUAAUACUCGUGCACUUCCAUCUGAGGCAACAACAUCAGAUUAAGUAGCGCCAAAGUUCACUUGAGUUUAUGCUGACUUCUGCAUCUCGUUUAAUAAUAUUUCUUCAGUUAUGAGCGAAAAACUAGAACAGAAAUGUCUCGCACGGCUAUCGGUAUACUAAUAGACGUUUCCGAUAGCAUGCGCCAGGUGUACUCGGACAUACAAAGUAAAAAUGAAGAUGAAAAAACCUCUCGAAUGCAGACGGUAUUUGAUACGGUUGUUCAAGCUGCCUCCGAAGAAUCCGGAAAAAGCAACUGUGGAUUAUUUGCAGUGGCAUUCGGGAUCAAAACAGAAUCUGGAGUCGAGUAUCUUAUCGACAUUUUCUCGUUGCUGAAAUUCCAGAACAUUGUUCGUCGACACAUGAAGGAAAACGGAUACAUUACAGACGACGACAGUAAUCGUCCGAGAUGGCAUGAAGAUGGACAGGGACCUGGUUAUGAGUUACUGAUAAGUUUGCUGCGAUACAAUGGAGCACCUAAUUGUGAUGAGUAUGUACGCAAGUACCUGACACAGCGCGAGUGUUUCUUCUUGCACACAUUCUACUCCAAGGAGCCGCACCUGCUGGCGACAGCAAUCGAUGAACUGCCAUCUGCCUGCCGGGGGCAGUUUGCAAAGUAUGCAUACGAUGGCUUGAAAAAAAUGACAGCUCCUACUGGUUUGGGAAGCCUGGUUGGUUAUAUGACAGGACCAACCAACGACACAGCUGAAAAUGAACGCCUCAAUGCGAGAAUGCAGGUUCAAAAGUGCACCGAUCACAUCCUUGAAAGACACAGCCAUCCUGGCUCCAUCCACCUGAAAGAAGCGGUUAAUAUAAUAGAAGAAGCUGCUGAAAUAGGCCAUAAGAAAACAAGGACCAAGAACUUAACAAAACACCAACUAGACCGGAUUAUCGAUAGCAUCGAACCUUAUAUCUACGGACCCAGUACAUCUCUGUGUGCAGCUCUGAAGUCAUCGUAUUCCAUCUUCGGGAAUAUUGAAAACAGGAAUGCAGAGUGGAAGAUGUUGCUAGUUAUGACUGACGGUUAUCCAACUGAUGGCGAAUUACCACACGCUCCUUGGAACCAAAAAAUUAAUGUCGCGACCUGCUUAAUUGAAGACAACAACCCUCGCCUUCAGUACCGAACACUCCGGUUUGCAGCUGACACAACGUGGAGCAGCCCAAGGCAAGAUCUGUUCAACCUCUGCACCACUGUACCAAGCCUGCAAGAAGAAAAGAAGCGUUGAAAUGGUCACCAAACAAACAACUGAUGGCCAAACAAACAAGAAACAUCUUGUUUACAAACAUACUGCAUACGACGUGCAUUUAACACAAACAAUUCGGCGUCACAACACCACCUUAUGUUAUUGAUUUACGAUACAUCGUCCAACCCGGUGUACCCCAUUUGUUUGUUUAAAUUUUCCCCACCCAUUUCACCCCUUUCUUUGAUUAAAUUUUCCCCUCCCUUUUUCUCCCCUUUUUUGUUUUUGCCAACAUAA